UGGGUUCGAAGGAACCCAGGCGCGAGUUCCUCGAACCCAGCACGCCUGGGUUCCUCGAACCCAGGCGUGCGUGCUCUGUACUCUCUUAUCUCUCUCUCCCCCUUUGAUCGAUAUCUGUUGUUAAACAAUGAGAGAGAUCCUUCACAUUCAGGGUGGACAAUAUGGGAACCAGAUCGGUGCUAAGUUCUGGGAAGUGGUCUGUGAUGAGCACGGUAUUGAUCUGACAGGACGAUACAAUGGAAACUCUGAUCUGCAGCUGGAGCGUGUGAAUGUCUAUUACAAUGAGGCUUCGUGUGGGCGAUUUGUUCCGCGUGCUGUGCUCAUGGAUCUGGAACCAGGUACUAUGGACAGUGUCAGGACUGGUCCCUAUGGUCAGAUCUUCAGGCCUGAUAACUUUGUGUUUGGUCAAUCUGGCGCUGGUAACAACUGGGCUAAGGGCCAUUACACUGAGGGAGUUGAGCUCAUUGAUGUUGUUCUUGAUGUUGUGAGAAAGGAGGUAGAGAACUGUGAUUUGUCCCAAGUGCUGGUGCUGGGUUCCUUUGAACCCAGUAUGGAGGGGAAGGAGAAAAGGAAAGAGAAGGAGUAAAAAAAAAUUUUAUUUAUUAAAUUAUAUUUUUGGUG